CAAGGCAGUUCGCGCCACUUCCACUGCAUUCUGUUCGCCACUUCGUGUGAAACCUUCCGAUUUUCCAGAGCGCCACUCCCAAUCUCAACCGCAAGUGCGCCGGGCCCGCAGUGGGCGGCGGAGCGGCAAUGGUUUCUCGGAGAAAGAGAGGAAGAGGAAGCGCCGCCACCGGAAAUGGAACCGUGGCCGAGGGAACGCCGGAGGUUCCUUCUCCAGGUUACGAGGAGCUUAGGGACCGAAGGGUUAAGGAAAAUAUGGAGCGGAUGCAAAAACUAGGUAUUGUCGAACUUUCUCUUAAGCUUAAGUCCACCACUGCCGGAACGAAGCGAUUUUCCAAAAAUUCUUCCAAGGAACCGCCGGAGCAGGGCGGAUUGUCCGCCGUCGAACUCCCGAGGCGCUCCUCGAGGUUGAAGACAUUGACUCCAGUUAGUUAUGCAGAGCUGCAUCCUAAAACUAAGAAAGCAACUUCUAAAAGUAACGAGAUUCACAUAAAAGAAGGUUCGCAACCAGAAAUUUACGCGGAAGAAGAUGCCAAGCUGUUGGGAGAUUGUGAGUCAAAUUGGACUCUUUGUGUGGAUGGAUAUGGUCAAGAUGGGAAGUGUAUGUAUGAUCCUAUCAAUGGAGAGUCUUGUCAUCAAUGCAGGCAGAAGACUCUUGGUCACCACACACAUUGCAGCAAAUGUAACUCGGGCCAGGGGCAAUUAUGUGGGGAUUGCUUAUACGUGCGAUAUGGAGAGAAUGUGAUGGAAGUGAAUAUGGAUCCCAAAUGGAUCUGCCCGGUAUGUCGUGGAAUAUGCAACUGCAGUUUGUGUCGACAAUCAAAAGGAUGGGAGCCGACUGGUGCCAUAUACAGGAAGGUCCGCAAUUUGGGUUUCAAGUCCGUGGCACAUUAUCUCAUUCAAACCCGCUGUGCUCAGACAAACCAGAAAGGCUCAAGAACAGAGCACGUAGGUGCUGUAGAUAGUUCACAAGCUUUGGCAAACACAGGAUUGGAGAACCACCCGAGUGACGAUUCCCAGCCCUCUGUUGAUGGCCAUGAAUUCGAAGGUAAAAUGGAAUAAGCUCGAUUUUUGGACAGUGAGAAUCUUUACAAGAAUGGCAUGAGAAAGAAGGAAGACUAGCUGUUAAUAUCAAUGGUGGAUUAGAGGAGAAGAAUGAUAGGGCUAAGUUGGAUUCUAACAGUUAGGAGCAGAAAUUUGUCUUUUGAUGACUGAAUCCCUAUUGGGACAUGAACUUGAAGAAAAUUAAAUCUAUGAUCGAGAUCAUUUAAUUUUUGAGAUGAUUAAAUAGAAAAGGGAAAAAGAUAUCCCUCUGUUUCUUUUUGGUGGAA